AUGAGUGCGAAUUCUACUGGCUUCUUUGAGUAUGAUGGCUCAGCAGGGUCGGCUUCGAAGGACGAACUCUUCCUUGAGCGUCUGGACACUUUUAUGGAGAAGUGCCUUGCAGACAUAAAGGCUUUCGCUGAAAGAGAGCUACAGCCCUACGAGGAGACUCGGCGUUGCAUUGCUCAAUGGCAUGCUAAGUACCUCUUUCAGCCUCCAGUUGGGACUCCCCUGUCGUGUACGGCCUCAACAUUUGCAGAUCUUGCAUCGGGUAGAGCUUCUCAAGUUCGGUCCAUCUUGCGUGAUACUUCGCGUAUUCUGGAAUCGCUCUCCGAAACAUCUGGCGUUGAAUCAUUUCUACUAGCUGUAGACCCGCAUGAACCGACAGAUGCCGGCUUCCUGGGUGGCUCUCUUCGAGGCCGUGAAUUUUGGCGCGGCAUGAGAGGCGGAGGGGAGGGCGGAGCCAGGUUAUUCAAAUCACACCUCGUAAAUCAACUUCAAACCCAGCAAAGGGUAACAGCUGUUGUUCAAACUCGCGAUCUUGAGCGGCAGGUCUCUACUCCUCCCAAAGGUGGCCCAUCCCGGUCAAUAAAAACCGAGUUGUAUGAAAGCGUUCGGAGUGCCCUCCGACGCGCCAGCGGCAUCCGCAAUGCAGAGAUGAAAUGGACCAACCCAGAGCGCCUGGAUGCCUUUGGUGUCCGUUUAGUUGGGUGGCCAGAAGGCGUCCCAGCUCAAAACCCGUCAAGCUUAAAAGUCAGCCAGAACAAGAUUUUGCUUGAAGCUAUUCAAUCCGGCACUAUGCGAUUCGAAAAGCUUUCAAAUGCUCAGAAUGUGGGAUCAGGCGAAGUGAUUGAAGGAAGAAGCCCUUCUAGAGCCGACGGGGAUGGCGUCGAUGAAGAUUUUUCAUGGGCGUAUGACGCAGAUGCUGGCUCUCCCCCGCCCCAACCAACUGCUCAGCCAGCCGCAGUCCAACCUCUCCUCGCAGCAACAUCACAGUCAUUGGAUAACUCUAAUGCUAACCGUGUUUCAUGGAGCCUGGAUGUGCCCGAUAAUGAUAGAGAUCUUACGGUAGAGUACGAGUGGGAUGGUGCAUUUAUCGAGGCGAUGAGCACAGGGGAAAAGGAGUGGAAUAGUGAUCUGCAAUCACCCCCUGAGCGACCGCGGAAACGACCAAGGAGUGAGGAACCGCCUGAAAUAUGA